UUCUUGACCAUGAGCUUCUUCAAUAACAACACGAACAACACCACCAACCCCCCAUUAUUCGGGACGUCCGCCCCAGCAAAACCAGCGGGGACAAGCGUGUUUGGAUCGUCAAGUCCAUUUGGAGCCCCAGCAGCGGCCACGACGACGGCUGCCCCGGCUGCUGGUGGGCUUUUUGGGAACAACACGGCAACAACACCGACAACGGCCCCUGCUUCUGGUGGUCUGUUCGGGGCACCAAAACCAGCAACGACAGGUUUAUUUGGGAAUCCUGCCACCACAACUCCGACAACACAACCCCCAUCGUUAUUUGGAGCGCCUGCAGCGCCGACUGCCUCUGGAUCGUUAUUUGGGGCCCCCAAACCAGACGAUGCACCCAAACCGUCGCUAUUUGGACAACCAAGCACUACCCCCGCUGCUACUACAACUGCUGCCCCCGCUGCUACUGCGUUCACACUUCCCCCAAAACCAGCAGACGCCCCUGCAACGACAUCGCUGUUUGGAAAGCCAGCAGAGGCGCCAGCGGCAACACCAUCAUUGUUUGGAAAACCCGCAACACCUGCCCCAGCUGCAACAACUGCCUCUUCUUCCCCGUUUACGUUAGGCGGCACAACAACCGCGGCUCCUGCGGCUGGCGGUCUUUUUGGGAAACCAGCAACGACACCAGCGGCUACUACCCCAACAUCAACAACGCCAGCACCCCUAGCAGGUGGUCUAUUCGGAAAACCAGCCGCGACUACUAGUACGGCAACUGCUUCGCCUUUCUCUCUUGGGGGAGCUGCAAAAGAUGGGGCAGCAACUACGACUCCCUCUUUAUUUGGAUCCACAGCGAAGCCAGAAGAGAAAAAAGAUGGGUUGGCUCCUGCGGCGACAACAUUGUUACCUACUUUCGGUCUCGGGGGUGCUAGCAAAACAGCCAGCACCUCUACCACUCCCGCUCCCGUCGUCGCUGUCGCCCCUCCCUCGAUGCUGCGCGGGAAAACGAUUGAAGAAAUCGUCAACAAAUGGUCCACCGAGCUCGAAACACAAGUCAAGGAGUUUACCAAAUUCGCCGGCGAGGUUGCCGUCUGGGACAAGGCUUUGCUCGAAAAUGCCGACAACUUCGCCGCCCUCUACAGCCACGUGCUCGCCGCAGAACGCGAGCAAAACGACAUUGAUCAGUCCUUGGAGCACAUUGAGCAGCAACAAAGAGACCUCAGUGCGUCACUAGACGCGUACGAAAAAGCCACGCAGGAGGUGUUUGGCACGAACGGGGGCAAUCUACGUGCAAUGGAUACUGGGCCUGCUGAUACUGAACGGGAUAAGAACUAUAUGCUCGCGACAGAGCUGCAUACACAACUGGAUGACAUUUCUGGGUCGCUUACCCAAAUGAUCGACUCCGUCAACGCGCUCUCCCUGUCACCAAACCCGGAAGCGUCGACCGACAACCCGAUGACGCAGAUUUCCCAGAUUCUGGGCAGCCACCUUGAGAGUCUGCAAUGGAUUGACGGAGCGGUCCGGGAAGUGGAGACAAAAGUGGUCGAAGUUGAGCGGAGGAUGAAGGACUCUGGCUACGGCGCAUCCGCUAAUAGUAAUGGUUUCAAGCGUUCAAAUUACGGCUUAUAA